AUGCUGUACCAGAUCAAAGUGCCGCCACAACAGCUGGAAGACUGGUUGAUGAGAUUCCAGGAGUCCAGUCAGUGCACCCCAGCUGCUCUCAUGUUCGGUCGAGAGCUCCGCACACCCGUGGAUCUGGUGUUCGGGAGCCCUCUGGAGCCCGAGAUUGCAGGAGGGCACGAGAUGGACUAUUUCCAAAGACUCAGAGAGCACCUGCGGGUGGUGCAUGACUAUACUCGCCAAGUUCAAGCCAGUUCCGGGGUACGUCAGAAGAGGGCCUAUGACAGUCACUGCCGCGGUCAGCCCUUCCAACCUGGGGACAAAGUGUGGGUUUAUUGCCCCGAUCGAAAGAAAGGUAUCUCUCCUAAGCUGUGCAGUCAUUGGAGGGGGCCAGCCGAAGUUGUGGCACGCCUGUCCGACGUGGUAUACCGUAUACUCAGAGCCGCUCCGUGUGCAUCGGGCUGUCACAUCAGACCAACACGCGUGUGGAGAGGAGCAGGAGGCCGAGCUGACCUGUGCCCACUCCCCCGGACACCUCACCCUCUGCCCGGGCCACACGUCAGCCCUCUCCCGCUGCAGACUCUUCCAACACCGGGACCUCUGACUGUAGCAGCGGCAUGGAGCGUCACUGAACCGGACUACUUCCCAUCUCGCCCCUUAAGCCUCUCACGCUCGGUCCGAAGACAUGGCCGGGGAAAACGCAAGUACAGCGCGGCCUGCAACUUCAGCAACGUCAUGGUGAACCAAGAACGCCUCAACAUCAACACGGGCACGGAGGAAGAGCUCAUGACUUUACCCGGGGUCAACCGCCUCGUCGCGCAAAACAUCGUGGAAUACCGGGACUGCAUCGGCGGCUUCAAGAAGGUGGAGGACUUGGCUCUGGUCAGUGGGAUUGGGGCGACGAAACUGGAGGCAAUCAAACUGGAAAUAUGCGUGUCGAGCCGCACUAGCUCCUCGCAACAUUCGCCCUCUUCCAUCCGCAAAGACUUUGAUUAUCAAUCGUGCAACGGAAUCAACGUCAACACGGCAACUCCCGCGCAACUCAUGAGCGUCAAGGGCGUCACGGAGAAGAUCGCCAAGAACAUUGUCGCUUUCAGGACGGAGAAUGGACCGUUUAAGACUAUCGAGGAUCUGGUGAGGGUCGCUAACGUCAACAGUGCGCUAUUGGAUAAGAUUCGGUUCCAGGUUUUCGUGCAACGCUCGCGGGCCGCCUCCACCAACACCAACGGAGGCCUGACCUUCACCACCAAGUCGCACCCUAGUCCCACCUCGUUCAGCCUAAAGAGCGAGGAGCUGGACCUGCCGCUCGGAGGGCCCACGCAGAUCCCGUCUUUCAGGCCCAAAGUAGAGGCUCCGUGCGGGACCAAGGAGGGGAGACCGGUGCUGAGGCUGGCCACCUGGAGUUUGCAGGACUGCUCCAGCGACAAGGCCAACAACCCGGGAGUCAGGGAGGUGCUGUGCAUGACCCUGCUGGAGAACCACAUCAAGCUCUUGGCAGUUCAGGACCUGUUGGACCGAGAGGCUCUGGAUAAGUUCUGUGUGGAGCUGAACCAGGCCAGUCUGUCCAGCGUGCGCAGAUGGAAGAGUCCCAGGGGCCUGUGGAGGUGCGCCGUGUCGGAGCAGCCAACGGGACAUGGCUCCAAGGGAAAGAGCUUCAGUGGCUUCAUGUGGGACAGCUCCUCUGGCAUCGACCUGAAGGAAGCCACCAUCCCAGAGUCUGCAGUUACCAACGGCAACGGGACCCAGGGCCAGCCUGGACUCUACAAGGCUCGGUUCACUGUGGGGUCUUACGAGCUCAAGCUGCUGAACGUCCACAUGCAGACUAAUCAUGGGGAGAAUGGAACCAACGGACACCACCGGCUCUCCCCUGGCCUCCUGGACACUCUCAAAGCUGAGAAGGAGCUGCUGGUGCUGGGGGACUUUGGUGGCCCCCCUCAGACCUCGCAGCUGGACGUCCUGAGGAAGGAGAGGUUCUGUGCCCUGGUGCCGCAGUCCCAGUUCACCGACAUCAGCACACGCUCGCCCCUGGGAACACGCUGCCUGGACAACAUCUGGAUCAGCAAGAGCCUCAAGAAGAUCUACAGCGGUCAGUGCAUGGUGGUGCGCGAGGGAAUGACCAACCCCUGGAUCCCUGACAACUGGUCUUGGGGGGGCGUGGCCUCGGACCACUGUCCCGUCAUGGUUGAGCUCUACCUGGACCCCUGCCCUAAAGACCUGCCCCAAAGACCUGGAGUGACCGUGGAGCGAGAGGAGCAGCUACCCAAGCAUGAGCGGUGA